AUGUGCAUUUCCAUGAUAUCCAGGAUUAUUCAAUGUGUAACUGGUACAAAAUGUAUUAAGGAUCGGUAUCGCUGUGAUGGUGUGCACCAGUGCCCUGAUGGAUCUGAUGAGCAAAAUUGCUGGAACCCUUCAGAAAGCUGUGCCAUGCGUUGUGAUAGGAACACUCGUUGUGUCCCUCAGAGCUCUGUAUGUGAUGGAAAACUAGACUGCUUUGAUGAGACAGAUGAGCAAGGCUGUGGUCCUAAAACGUGUAGCAGUGGCAAAUUCCAAUGUACAAAUGGACAGUGCGUGCCAUAUAGCAUGCACUGUGAUGGAGACAAUGAUUGUGAAGAUCACUCAGAUGAAGUAAACUGCACAAUCUCUAAACCUGUGCACUGCCAGAAUGGGGAUUUUAGGUGUCAAAGUGGUGAAUGUAUCUUGAAAGAAUGGAAGUGUGAUGAUGCCAAAGACUGUAAGGAUGGAAGUGAUGAAAAGGAAUGCGUUUCAUGCAGUGAACAUGAUCUUCUGAAACUGGGCUUGUGUACCGGCUGCCACAUAGCUAAAACCCCAUCCAUUUUGCAGGUAAAGCGGAUGUCUUUCAAGCAACAGAACUUGGGGGAUUUAAUCAAAAGAUGUAAACCCAAAAAGUGUAACGAUCGCAUGUACCAGUGUGCCAACUUUGAAUGCAUUCCUACUGAUGUAGUUUGUAAUGGAAAACAUGACUGCUCAGAUGGUUCAGAUGAAGGCGGAAAAUGUCAAGUGCCAUGUGAAGAAGACUGCUCCCUUGCCUGCUAUAGAUCUCCACUUGGUCCAAAGUGUAUAUGUGAUAACGGCUUUAAGUUGAGUGUCAACAGUAGUAUAUGCAUUGACAUAAAUGAGUGCAAAGAACUUGAUCCAUCACCAUGCAGCCAGUCUUGCAUCAACCUCAAUGGCACAUUCAACUGCACUUGUUAUCCAGGUUAUGUUCUGCAGUCAGACGGUCACCAAUGUAGAGUUGCAGGUAUAGAACCAGUUUUACUGGUAGCAGUUAAAUUUGAUCUUCUGUUAUACAAGUUGCGUUCAAUGGAAGAGGAGAUCCUUAUGUCCACAGAUAAAAACUCAAUGAUCUUUUCUGUGGAUUAUGACAUAAUGGAACAGAAAGUUUAUUGGAUGGACCUUAAUUCAGAGAGCAUUAAGUGGAUAACUAUGGGCACAAAAACAAAAGGAACUCUAGUUAAAGAUGGAAUAGCUGGUCAGAUCAUUGCAACAGCUCUAAAUGCUUCUUGGAAAGGCUUUCCUGAAUACACAGUCAUACUGGAUGAAGAUCUGGAUCAACCACGUUCUUUGGUUUUACAGCCACUUAGUGGACUUAUGUACUGGUGUGAAAUUGGCGUGCAGCCCCAAAUAGAGCGUGCUGGAAUGGAUGGCAGUCAUAGACUGGUUCUAAUUGCAGAACAACUUGGUUGGCCAACCGGAUUAGCACUUGAUCUGCUGAGUUUGAGAAUUUAUUGGUCUGAUGACAAAUUUCACUCCAUUGGUUCAGCCAGUUUGGAUGGGACUGAUAUUAAGGUGAUUGAAAUGAAAAACAUUCAAAGCCCCUUCGCCUUGACAGUGUUUGAGGAUGAGAUUUACUGGUCUGAAAUAAAGGCAAGGACUGUGCAAAAAAUAAGUAAGAAGACUGGUAAGAACUUCUCUGUUCUAAUAAAGCGGCAUGGACAACCAUAUGGACUGAAGGUAAUGCAUAAAGUUUUGCAACCAACAACUGACAAUCCUUGUCGAAAACUGAAGUGUUCUCAUAUGUGCCUGAUUGGUCCUGGAUUAAAUGCAAGCUGCUGGUGUCCCACUGGACUCGUGCUUUUAAGUGACUUGCAUAGUUGCGUUCUACUUAAGGAUUUGCCAUUUCUUUAA